AUGCCCCUUCAAAACCUCCACACCCCGAAACCUCUUCCGGGCAAUGAACUCGGCGGAGUUGCAAAUCCUCUUCGAAACCCUACCAAUCCGCAACAAAACCCUAGUAGGAAGAUACGAAAGUAUACCCUCCAAAAGCUCCACAGGGAGCGAACUCAAGCCCACUGCCGCAGACAUAUCGAACCAAAAUACUAGUACGGUAGUCAAGUACCGGUAGUAGAGUAGUAGAAUAAACCGUACAAAUCUUAGAUACAAAAGCUCACAAUCAACGAGCCCUCCCCUCCUCUGGAGAACAUUUAUACUGCACCCCCCUUGACCCUCGGAACGGGGCUGCGGGUGCGUAGCGUAGCGGUAGUGGUGGUUGGUUGUUCGGAGCGGCGAAGACCAUCCUACCGUAUUGUGCCGGUAUAAUAAUAUAUUAUGCACCAGUUAUUUCGGCGGGGGCACAAAGUAAACAAGCAAGAUGCCAGCCAAUCGGUUACCGGUAGCUAGAACAAA